AUGAAGAGCAGGGUGACACAAGUCAAUCAUGUUUCUGGUAAUGAAAGGAGGGAAAACUACAGUUCUCACCAAAGAAGUUCGUCUCCAGAGGACAGGGAUACAGAGCGUGACAGGUCUCCAUCUCCCAGAAGAAGAAGACACUCUGAUGACAGCAGAUAUGAUCAGGAAUAUUCUAGAAGGGAAUACUAUGAUGACAGAGCUUCAGAAGGAAGAAGGAUGGAAAGGGGGAGAGAGAGACACCAUGAGAAAUGGGAAGAGAGGGAAUCUGAUCGAAGGAGACAGAGAAGAUACUCAUCGCCUGACCAUAGGAGUCCAGAGAGGUCAACAGGCCAGAGCUCACUUGCUCAUGAUGAGGCAGCUUCAAAGAAGAAGAAAGAAGAAGUGGAUCCAAUCCUUACUCGUACAGGCGGUGCAUACAUUCCACCUGCCAAGCUCAGGAUGAUGCAAGAGCAAAUUACUGAUAAAAACAGCUUGGCAUAUCAGAGGAUGAGUUGGGAAGCCCUUAAGAAGUCAAUCAAUGGUCUUGUCAAUAAAGUGAACGUUUCUAACAUAGAAAAUAUCAUUCAUGAGCUGCUUCAGGAAAAUAUUGUUCGUGGAAGGGGAUUGCUAUCUAGAUCCAUUUUGCAAGCUCAGAGUGCCUCUCCAAUUUUUACCCAUGUAUAUGCAGCUCUUGUGGCAAUUAUCAAUUCAAAGUUUCCAAAUAUUGGUGAAUUGAUUCUUAAGAGGUUGAUACUGAAUUUUCGCAAAGGAUAUCGAAGAAAUGAUAAGCAACUCUGUCUAACAUCUUCAAAAUUUGUUGCACAUUUGAUGAAUCAGAAUGUGGCUCAUGAGGUUUUAUGUUUGGAAAUGCUCACUUUGCUUCUUGAAAGGCCUACUGAUGAUAGUAUUGAAGUAGCAAUUGGAUUUAUUAAAGAGAGUGGGCUCAAAUUAACAGAAGUUUCUCCUAGAGGUAUCAAUGCCAUCUUCGACCGUCUUCGACACAUUCUGCAUGAAUCUAAGAUUGAUAUGCGUGUUCAGUAUAUGAUAGAAGUCAUGUUUGCUGUACGGAAGGAUGGCUUCAAGGAUCAUCCAGUCAUACCAGAGGGGUUAGAUCUAGUGGAAGAGGAGGAUCAGUUUACACAUAUGUUGCCAUUAGAAGAUGACUACAACCCAGAGGAUGUUCUUAAUGUGUUCAAGAUGGAUCCGAACUUUAUGGAAAAUGAAGAGAAAUACAAAAUGCUGAAGAAAGAAAUUCUUGAUGAAGGUGACAGUGAAUCUGAAGCAGAUCAAGAGGGCGGAAGUAGUGAAGAAGAUGAAGAGGAGGAUGAAGAGGAGGAUGGAGAUGGUCAAAAAGUUACUGUCCAUGACAAAACAGAAAUCAACCUGGUCUCGUUCCGUCGUACAAUUUAUCUUGCUAUUCAAUCAAGCUUAGACUUUGAAGAAUGUGCUCACAAGUUGUUGAAAAUGGACUUUCCUGAAAGCCAGACUAAAGAACUCUGCAAUAUGAUACUUGACUGCUGUGCUCAGCAAAGAACAUAUGAGAAAUUCUUUGGGUUACUGGCAGGGCGUUUCUGCAUGUUAAAAAAAGAAUAUAUGGAAUCCUUUGAAGCUAUUUUCAAAGAACAAUAUGAUACCAUUCACCGUUUGGAAACGAACAAACUGAGGAAUGUUGCCAAAAUGUUUGCUCAUCUACUGUACACUGAUUCCAUUCCCUGGAGUGUCCUUGAAUGUAUAAUACUGAGUGAAGAAACUACUACAUCCUCCAGUAGAAUUUUUGUCAAAAUAUUCUUUCAGGAACUUAGUGAAUAUAUGGGACUUCCUAAUCUAAAUGCAAGAUUAAAAGAUGUAACAUUGCAGCCUUUCUUUGAGGGAUUAUUGCCUCGGGAUAACCCAAGAAACACUCGCUUUGCCAUCAAUUUCUUCACUUCUAUUGGACUUGGAGGACUAACGGAUGAAUUACGAGAGCAUCUUAAAAAUGCACCAAAGAUGAUAAUGACACAGAAACAUGAUGUUGAGUCAUCAGAUUCCUCUUCAUCUUCAGAGACAGACUCUUCCUCAGAUUCUGAUUCUGACAGCAGUAGUAGCUCAGACUCAUCCAGCAGCAGUGACUCCUCAUCUAGCAGUGGUGACAGCAGUGACUCAGAUGUUCCUAAAGCUAAAAGAAAGAGAAUGCAAAAGAAAAACAGAGAAUCUGAGAAAGUUUCCAGGAAAAAGCAAGAAAAGAGAAGGAAGUCACCUGAAAAGAAAAUGGGAAGGAGGCAGCAAGAGGAAAGAAGUGAUACUGAGAACAAAUCAGAAAGAAAUCAUAGAAAUGUGAGAGAAUCACACAGGAGGGAUGAUAUAUCAAGAUAUCAUCACAGAGAUGGGUCCAAUGACAGAGACAGUUACCAUAGUGGAAAGGAUAGGAACCACGAAAGAAGUAAGGAUCUAGAAAAUAAACACAGUAAUUCAAAACCAAAGAAAGCAGAGAGAAAAGCUUCUUUUUCUGAUAAUGAAAAUUACAGACACUGGAGCAAAGAUAAUGGACACCGCAGUAGAAAAAGAGAAAGAUCAAAAUCUGGAGAGAGAGGCCAUAAUAAUUCAAGUCCAAGAGAGGAGGAACAAGAAGAGCGAUACAGAAAUGGUUCAGAGAAGCACCGAGAGAAGUACAGCCGGUACUCUGAGGAGUACAGAGAGUCCAGAAGGAACGAGGAUAGACGGAGGGAGAAUUCCCCACACAGACGAAAAUAG